AUCUGACGUCAUUACGCACGACAGUGAUGGCGAGUUGGCGAUUGUUGUGAUCAGUUAUAUUAGUAAAGGUUGUUUGUAUUUUUGCGAAUCACUGGAUCAUUCAGUAUAUAAAUCGCCAUGGCUACUUCGGUCAGCACAAAUCCGUCUACGUUGUUGCCUUUAGAAUUAGUCGACAAGUGCAUUGGUUCUCGGAUACACAUUAUCAUGAAAAAUGACAAGGAAAUCGUAGGAACUCUGCAAGGUUUCGAUGAUUUUGUGAACAUGUUAUUGGAAGAUGUAACAGAAAGUGAAGCAACUCCUGAAGGCCGCAGAGUUACAAAGUUGGAUCAGAUUCUUCUCAAUGGCAGUAACAUUACUAUGCUGGUACCUGGCGGCGAGAUGCCAGAUACAUAAAAUUAACUAUUGAAUCAUUAUUUCAAGUACACUACACUUAUUCUUAUUCUCUCAAGACUACAACUAUAUAAGGUGUAAACAGUAAUCUGACUAAGUAUUGCAAAUAAUACUGUAUGCUUAAGUUCAGUUUUGACUGAAUAAAGAUCAACAAUCGAUGAAAAAACUGA